AUGGCCCAGCUGAAGGUGACCGAAAGUCGCACUCGGCCCGUCGUCUUUGCUUGGACUGAAGCAGAGGACAGACCUCCCAAAGCCAAGCCAAGCAUGGCCGCCCCCGCCUACGACCGCGCGGCCGAGCUGCGCGCGCUGGACGCGACCUUCGCCGGCGUACAUGGCCUCGUCGCCGCCGAGGCCACGCACGUCCCGCGCAUCUUCCGCGUCCCCGACCCGCCAUCCAAGCAACCGCCCCAAGAACCGCCGUCGGAAGCGCCCUCCGUCCCGGUGAUCGACCUGGGUGGCUCCGACCGCGCGGCCACGGUCGCGUCCGUGCGCCGGGCAGCGGAGGAGUGGGGCUUCUUCCAGGUGACUGGCCACGGCGUGCCUGCGCAGUCGACGGCUGCGGCGCUGGCUGCAGUCCAGAGAUUCCACGAGGCCCCCGGCGGCGAGGGCAGCGAGAAGGCGAGGCUCCACUCGCGGGAGCCCGGCAGGGCCGUGAAGUACCACUGCAACUUCGACCUGCACCAGUCGGGCGUGGCCAACUGGCGCGACACGCUCUACCUCCGCAUGGCCCCUGAGCCGCCCCUCGCCGCCGACCUGCCGGAGCCCUGCCGUGACGCGCUGUUCGAAUACGCGGAGCAGGUGAGGAACCUGGGGAACACUCUGUUCGGGCUGCUGUCGGAAGCGCUCGGGCUGAACCCGAGCUAUCUGGCGGACAUGGAGUGCAACCAGGGCCAGAUCAUGCUGUGCCACUACUUCCCCCCGUGCCCGGAGCCCGAGGUGGCCAUCGGUACCAGCCGGCACUCCGACUCCAGCUUCCUCACCGUACUGCUCCAGGACCAAGUCGGUGGCCUGCAGGUCCUCCACGAGGACCGGUGGGUCGCCGUCGCCCCCGCCCCCGGCGCACUCGUCGUCAACGUCGGCGACCUCCUUCAGCUGGUCUCCAACGACGGGUUGAGGAGCGUGGAGCACAGGGUGGUGCUGGCCAAGGUUGCCAAGGAGGCGAGGGUGUCCAUCGCCUGCUUCUUCAGCACGCACUUCCACCCGGCGUCGACGAGGGCGUACGGCCCCAUCCGGGAGCUGGUGUCCGAGGACAGGCCGGCGCUGUACAGGGAGACGCUCGUGAGGGACUACGUCAAGCAUUACUACGCCAUCGGCCUGGACGCCAAGACCGCUCUCUCCGUUUUCCGGUUGUGAAGUGGCCUCCGAGGGUCCUCAUGCUGGUAUGAACAGUGAGUACAUACCCAUCCUCAUGCUACUGUAACUGGAAGAGUGCCCGUGCUUGCUACGGCUUUUGGAGAAAAAUAUACUUAUGUCAUAUUGUAAUCUUAAAAUUCUUCGGACGAACGUAUUAUAACCUAAUAAAAGGGAGAAUGAG